AUGGCAAACCAACAGCGCCAGGCACGGCUUGCCGAGCUUGAGCAACGAGUGACCGCUAUUGAGAAGUGCAACAGCGACAUGUUGGCAAUUCUACGCUCGUCAUUCGCCUCAAGUUCACAGUCGCAUUCUCAAGAACCCCUAGAACCGCAAGCUGCCCAACCUGCUGCACCAAGCUCAUCGUCCGCGAUCGCAUCGAGCAGCCGGCAGGCAGUGGACGAAGGAGUGGAGUACCGGAAUCUGAAGCGCCAGGUAGAGAGGUUGGAGAAACUCGUUGCUUCGCAUGAGCGUGCUCAGCGUGCUCAAUCUGCCGAACGUGCUGAGAGUUCGAUCCAGUCUGAAUUUGAGAUGGUAGAUGCUGGUAACGAAGCGGAGAAUGGGAAAGGCGAAGAGCCAGUGCGUUUACCACCACCUUGGCCAUUUCGGGUCAUGUAUACUCGUAAGCCAAAUCUGGCCGAUAGCCGCCGGAAUCAUUAG